AUGACGAAAGACGGAAGAUACAGAGACUGGGCGGGGCUUCCGCCGGAACUAACAUGGUCGAUAUUGAGCCGUCUUGGCACGGUGGAUAUACUGGAAAAGGCUCAGAAAGUGUGCAAAUCGUGGCAUAGCGUCUGUAAAGAACCUUCGAUGUGGCGGAAGUAUAAUAUGCACAACGACUUGGGAUUCAUGGACUUUUUGACCAGGUCUCGUCACGUUGCCAUGUGUCGCAACGCUGUUGAUCGUAGCCAGGGCGGUUUGGUUGAGAUUGACAUUUGGUAUUUCUGUACUGAUUCUCUCCUGAAUCACAUCGCCGAUAGCUCAAGGAACCUGAGAACCCUAAGAAUCGCAAUGUGUCAUGAAGUAAACGAUGGGCUUCUCCAAGCAGCUGGGAAACUUCCGUUUCUUGAAGAACUCGACAUUUCAUACUGUUCAUUUGAAGAGGAGACUCUGAAAGCUGUAGGCAAGUCUUGUCCAAAUCUUAAGACAUUGAAGCAAUACUACCCUGUGCUUAGUUAUAGUGAUGAUGAGUUUGCCAUAGCGAUUGCUGGAAGCAUGCCGGAACUACGCAACCUCCAACUUUCUGGGAACCCAUAUAUGAGCAACAGGGGCUUGCGAGCUAUUCUCGACGGUUGUCUUCACCUGGAACAUCUCGAUUUACGCGAGUGUUGGAGACUUGACCUUGUUGGGGACCUAGAGAAGCUAUGCGCGGAGAGAAUCAGAGUUUUGAGACGCCCAGGUGACCCAACCUCUGGUCCUCAUCAUAUGUUUUGGUUAUAG